AUGGUUACUUCGAGCAGUGGAGGAGAUCUGAGGGCUCCUAUUUUCAAUGGGAUCAACUACGAUUUUUGGUCCAUCAAGAUGAAGACCAUAUUCAAAUCACAUGAUCUCUGGACUUUGGUGGACAAGGGUUAUGAAACUGCAGAAAAUGAAGAUGAUUCUAGCGAUGAAGAUCAACAGUCUGUGAGGAAGAUAGCAAUGAAAGUUAAUGAAACCAGAGAUGCAAAAGCUCUUGGUAUCAUUCAAGGGGCAGUGUCUGAUGAGAUCUUUCCUCGAAUCUCAAACUUUGAAACCUCCAAGACUGCAUGGGAUGUUCUUCAACAAGAAUUUCGUGGUGACAAAAAGGUUAGGUCUGUCAAACUACAAUGUUUAAGAAGAGAUUUUGAGUAUACUAGGAUGAAUGAUGGUGAAGCUCUAUCUGUUUAUUUAACAAGAUUGACUGAUAUUGUGAAUCAAAUGAAAACUCUUGGUGAAGAACUGACAAAUCAAAGAUUAGUGCAAAAGAUACUUAUUAGCUUGCCUAAAUCUUAUGAUUCCAUCGCAUCUAUUAUAGAAGAAACUAAAGACCUUGACUCCAUUGAGGUUCAAGAAGUGAUUGGUACAUUGAAAGGCUAUGAGCAGAGGUUAAAUAUGCAUUCUGAAAACUUAGCUGAAAAGGCCUUUACUAGCCUAAGUGUGACUGAGAGAGAUAGCAGUUACAGGGGUCAGGGGGAGCAACUCAAAUCAAAAAGAAAUUAUGGAAAGGCAAAGGGAAGAAAUGGGACAACAACCAUACUUCACAAUCAAAAUCAGAAUCUAGCAGUGAGUCUACCAAAACCAAGUGUAAAAUCUGUGACAAAUUACACUAUGGUGUUUGCUGGUUCAAGGGAAAACCCAAAUGCACCAAGUGUGACAGAUUUGGCCAUCUAG